UUCUUUAUUGUUUGCAUAUAAAGCCAUAAAUUACAUACACAUCACACAACAAACAUCUUAAAAUAUACCUCUAACUAAUAUUUAUUGUGGAUGAUCGAAUUAUAUGUGUUGUGCUAAUCUGCAAUUCUUUGUUGAGGAUUGAACUGGUCAGCGCAAUUUGUGUCUUUCUGCUGAGAUUUCGAUAUCUUUUUCAAGAGAGACAUUUCCGGGGUGCCAAGGGGCAAAGUUUUGUGCUUUGAAGGUCAAGCAUGUGAUCUGCAAUCACUGAGCUCUGUUGUACCCCCUUUCAGUGUAAUUUUCAGCUCGUCUUUUCAACUGGGCCUGAGCUAUUUCGCCGAUUUGUUCGGAUUUAAUUGAGAAAAAACAAUUCUUGGAGUAGAGAGAAUAUUCUGUAAUCUUCAUUGCUAUUUGGGUUGAGCUGAUCUUUUGAGGGCUCCCUCUCCCCCACCACAAUUUUGUUUGAUUUUAAAUGAAGAUCGGUUCUUGAAGUGAAGAAAGUAUUGUUGGUUGCUUUUGGGUAUUCCAGUUUCCUGAAAGCGGACGGAAGGUUUACUGCCGUAAUAUUUGACUUAUUUUCUGAAAUGGGUUUGAGUUGUUUUCGGUGAUUUUUUGGGGAUUUGAGUUUAAUUCGACUGGAAGUGAGGGACUAUUUGGUGUAAUUUCACUCCAUCUAAGGGAGGAAGAAAAGAAGGCGCGGGAAUUCGGAAUUCUUGGAUGAUUUUUGGUUCUAUAGAAUAUGGGAUUAGGAGAUGAUGGCUCAAAGGUGGAGUCUUGGGAUGUCAAGAAAUCAAAGGUUAGGAAGAAAAAAGAUGAUGAUGAUGUGGAGGAAACUGGUUGUUGGAUUAAGUUAAGGUUUAUUGGCAGCUGUAUUACUUCAAGAUCUAAAGUUGAGAACUCUGUUAGUGGCAUCAGCACUCACGAAAGUAAGUCUACAAAUGAUACAAGCAGAGACCAACCAGCAGCCCCUGCAAUCCCAUCCACCACCACAAGCAACGCUGAAAGCAAUUCUUCCAGCUCCAAACUUGAAGAGGAACUUAAAGUUUCUUCUCGGCUGCGGAAGUUUGCUUUUAAUGACCUCAAGUUGGCGACAAGAAAUUUCAGACCAGAAUCUCUUCUUGGUGAAGGGGGUUUUGGUUGUGUGUUUAAGGGAUGGAUUGAAGAGAAUGGCACAGCACCAGUUAAACCUGGGACCGGACUUACUGUUGCUGUGAAAACACUUAAUCAUGAUGGACUUCAGGGUCACAGAGAAUGGCUGGCUGAAGUAAAUUUCUUGGGUGACCUUGUUCAUCCUAAUUUGGUUAAAUUAAUUGGCUACUGUAUUGAAGAUGAUCAGAGGCUGUUGGUCUAUGAGUUCAUGCCCAGAGGAAGCUUGGAGAACCAUCUAUUCAGAAGGUCUCUGCCACUUCCCUGGUCAAUCAGGAUGAAAAUAGCUCUAGGUGCUGCAAAAGGGCUCGCUUUUCUACAUGAGGAGGCAGAAAGACCAGUGAUAUAUCGUGAUUUUAAGACGUCUAACAUCUUGUUGGAUGCUGAAUAUAAUGCCAAACUUUCGGAUUUCGGACUUGCUAAAGAUGCACCUGAUGAAGGAAAAACUCAUGUUUCUACACGUGUGAUGGGAACUUAUGGUUAUGCAGCCCCAGAAUAUGUCAUGACUGGUCAUCUUACAUCAAAAAGCGAUGUAUAUAGCUUUGGUGUUGUCCUCCUCGAAAUGCUCACUGGGAGAAGAUCAAUGGACAAGAACCGGCCUAAUGGGGAGCAUAACCUUGUAGAAUGGGCUAGGCCUCAUCUGGGUGAGAGGAGAAGGUUUUAUCGGUUGAUAGAUCCACGUCUGGAAGGUCAUUUUUCCAUCAAAGGUGCCCAAAAAGCUGCACAGUUGGCGGCUCGUUGUCUUAGCCGGGACCCCAAAGCCAGGCCUCUAAUGAGCGAGGUUGUUGAUGCUCUUAAACCUCUGCCAAACCUCAAGGACAUGGCGAGCUCAUCUUACUACUUUCAGACAAUGCAAGCAGAUCGAGUCAGCUCCAGCCCAAAUGGGAAAAACGGCCUCAGAAACCAGUUUACGUUCCCCAGAAAUGGGCAGCAGCAUCCAAGAAGCCUCUCAAUACCAAAUGGUUCACAUGCUUCACCGUACCAUCAACAUGCUCAUAAUUCACCAAAACCAAAUGGUAAACCAUAGGAUUGCGUUGUUUAUUCCAUUUUCUCUCUACCAUUCUUUUUCCUUGCUGCGCCAUGUCGAUAUAUUCCGUUUGCCUAUAGUAAAGAUUACUGGAAAAGGAAGUGGUGAACACGCCCUAUUUGUCAUGUGAUCUUAGAGGGAUCGAACUAUCCCUCUCUGGAAGAAUGUAAUGUGAAACGGAGAUGUUUAUGGAGUAAAUCUUACAUGUUGGAAUGCCUUCCGUCUCCCUCGCCCUCCAACAUGCGAAUGUUUUGACUGUUGAUUUCUAGUCA